GCGAUAUUUUUAACCUGGUACUUUUAUUUUUGAAGUCGUACUUCGAUUGUCACAUUGUUCGUAUUUUAAUGUACACUAUUCGUAACGAAGUUGAGUCCGUGGCCUGAAGAAAACGACAUGUCUACAAAGAAACUGGCGAAACAAUUAGGGUUCGUGAGGAAACGCAGUCAGUCAUCAACUGGACAGAAGAAACCACUAACAUCUAAUCAAAUAUUCCCAUAUCUGAUUGUCAUCGACUUUGAAUCCACAUGCUGGAGAGAGAGGAACAGCUACGGGCAGGAGAUUAUUGAGUUUCCUGCUGUUCUCCUGAACACCUCUACAGGCGAGGUGGAGUCAGAGUUCCAUACGUACGUUCAGCCGCAGGAGCACCCGGUACUGUCUGACUUCUGCACCGAGCUCACUGGAAUCACACAGCAACAGGUGGAGGCCGGCGUUCCCCUCCACAUCUGUCUGUCCCGGUUCUCCCGGUGGCUGCAGACCCUGGAGCACCAGAGGGGUGUGGUCUUCCCCAGGGACCAGAGGGCUCCAGUCGCAGAGCACCGCCCCUGUGCCUUCGUCACCUGGUCAGACUGGGACCUGGGGGUGUGUCUGCUGUAUGAGUGUAAACGGAAGCAGCUCCACAAACCUGCUGUUCUGAACAGCUGGAUAGACCUGAGAGCUACGUACAGACUGUUCUACAACAGAAAACCCAAGGGACUGAAUGGAGCUUUACAGGAUCUAGGGAUACAGUUCUCUGGACGGGAGCACUCAGGUCUGGAUGACGCCCGUAACACUGCCCACCUGGCCUGGAGGAUGAUGAGGGAUGGCUGUUUGAUGAAGAUUACACGCAGUCUGGAGAGGGCGCCUUUGAAGACCAAACCCCUGUUUGGAAAUGGGAACGUGCCAGGGGAUGGUUGUCCUGGCAACAAGAGGGAUAACAAAACCACUAUCAAAAACCCCUCCGAGACGACAGAGAGCGGCGGUGGCCAUCUUGAAAAUCGACCCAACAGCAAGCCAGCUAGCAACACGGACGUUGUUGAGGCACGACCCAAGCCUUCAGACAACAUGGUUCCCAACACAGAGGUGAACUCCAACUUAACCGCUGAACCUGUUCAGUAUCAGAGUAUUGUUUCACCAAAGACCCUUCUCAAUGGUCUGACCACUCCAAUGUGUGGUGGUAGUAGCAGAACAGGUAGAAUAGGAACCAUACGAUACGUCUCCUCUCCUAUGACUUUCAAUAUCCCCUCUCCUCAUCACUACAUCAACAGCCUCGUUCUGGUCUCCACCACUGUGAAUUGCAUUACCCAUCUACCCCAGCCAGACCCGACCCUUGACCCGGAAACAGGAAGUAUGGAGGAGGACGUGCCCAUCUCGUAUGACGACGUGGUAUUGGAGGAGGACUGGGAUGUCACGGUUGGUGACAAGGCUUCUGUUGCUGAUGUGUACACAGAGAACGAGAGCGUGGUAUUGGAGGAGGACUGGGAUGUCACGGUUGGUGACGAGGCUUCUGUUGCUGAUGUGUACACAGAGAACGAGAGGUUUGAGGUGGUUUAUGGGAGGACCUUGCUGUGUCCAAGCCCAGUACAUUCAAAUCCUGGUAGAGGUCCAACCAACAGUAGGCCUAGGUCCAAUACCACCAACACGCCCUGCCAACAUCUGACCAGCCUGGUACACAAGACCGAUACUAGAACAUCCUCCAGUAACUUGGUGUCUUUGAAGGCUGAGACAACAAGGACCUACAACACCUCUGCACCCAACAGUCUGUCCACUUCCUCUUUUGUCACACCCAGACCCGUUACCCCUGGCUCAAACCUCUCAGAUACACGGUCAAGACUGAACACGGAAACGUCAAACUCUUUUGUGAUCGACAAGAACGAAUCGAGAACAUCUUCAAGUUCUGCAAAAGCUGCGACAACGAGGAUAUACAACACCUCUGGGUCAAACAGUUCAUGCAGUUUCUCCUUCGACAAACCCAGACCUGUUACCCAUGAUUCCAACCGCUCAGCUACACGGUCAAGACCUCAAACGGCAACAUGGAACAACUCCUUUGUGAUCUACAAGGACAAGCCAAGAGCCUCAAAUACCUCUUCUACAUCCAAUACCUCAACAGCAUCCAAUACCUCAACAGCAUCCAAUACCUCAACACCAUCCAAUACCUCAACAGCAUCCAAUCAUUCCUUUGUCAAACCCAGACCAGGCCUCCAGAACUCCAACCUCCAUGCUACACGGUCAAGACCUCUCACAACAAACAACCCUGGUAACUCCUUCACACCCAUGUCCUCUAUGACAAACCUUCCCAAUCCUUCAGUCACUAGACUCAAACCAGUGACCACCAGCAGUGACUCUAACCUCUCUGCUUCAAAGACACCAAACGGCUAUGCAUCCAGUCUUUCCUUUGCCAGGCCCGGCCCUGUCGUCCAUCACCCCGACCCAUCGACUUCACGUUCGAGGCUGCACGCAGAGACGCCAAACACAUCUUUCACGAUCCACAAGUACUCCUCUUGCCUCGCCUCUGUCUCUCGUCCUUCUGUCGGUGGAUCGUUCUCCGUCCUCUCCUCGUCCGUUAACCGCUCCUCGCUCCCGCCGACCCGCAGCACCAAGAUCACGGCCCCGCUGUGCGACUGCGGGCGGCGAGCCAAGCGUCUAACGGUGUGUAACGGCGGCCCGAACCAAGGCCGAGCGUUCUACUGCUGUACGGUGCGUAAACACGGCCCCGGGGGGACCAGGAAGGGAUGUGAGUUAUUUAAGUGGGAGUCUGCUCUCCUCCAGGCUAAAUCACCAGCCUCCGCUGCCAACUCCAUCGCUCUGCGUUUUGGUCUCAACUCCAGUGUUGUUCGUCCCUCUGUCAUCGUCUAGGACGAGAUAUCAGUUAGCUUGAGGUCAUAGGGAAACUCUCAAUAGCAUUUCCUUCUCAUCCAAUGGGUUCGGGAGGACACAAGGAAUCAAGGAAAUGUAAUUGAGAUUCUCCUCACAAAGGUGUCAUAUUUUAAACUGUACUUUAUGAAAAUAUGUAUGAUGUGUUGUUUUUUUUUAGUAUAUGAUUUAUGUCCACAUACUAAAUCUGGUUAAUUCAUUGACCAAUAUCCUGUACAGUUUCUAAAUAGAAUUGAUCUUCCAUAAUGUGAGAUGACAUGAUGUCAUAAUGAAAUGUAAAAUACUUUUUUUUUAGGUCGGCACUGUCAUAAUAAAAGAUGUCAUGAAUUGUAUUACAGGGGUUCCUAUUGUUGUAAAUUGAACAGCUGAGGUUGGAACCAAAAUGGAAAUUAUAAAAUGUUUUGUGUUCUGACAGAAGGACGGAAUUGCAAAUUGUCCCUCUUGGCAGUUUGUGAAUGAGUGAGAAAGUUAGUGGGUCAAAGAUCUAACCCCCCCAAGACAUCAUGCUAAGCUCUCAUGUUAUUGUAAUGGUGAGAGGUUAGCAUGUCUUGGAGGUAUAUGAAAUGCUAACCUCCCCUGUUAUUGUAAUGGUGAGAGGUUAGCGUGUCUUGGGGGGUAUGAUAUAUGAUGCUAACCUCACCAUUACAAUAACAGGGGAGGUUAGCGUGUCUUGAGGGUAUGAUAUAUGAUGCUAACCUCCCCUGUUAUUGUAAUGGUGAGAGAUUAGCGUGUCUUGAGGGUAUGAUAUAUGAUGCUAACCUCCCCUGUUAUUGUAAUGGUGAGAGGUUAGCAUGUCUUGGGGGGUAUGAUAUAUGAUGCUAACCUCCCCUGUUAUUGUAAUGGUGAGAGAUUAGCGUGUCUUGGGGGGUAUGCUAUAUGAUGCUAACCUCCCCUGUUAUUGUAAUGGUGAGAGAUUAGCGUGUCUUGGGGGGUAUGCUAUAUGAUGCUAACCUCCCCUGUUAUUGUAAUGGUGAGAGGUUAGCAUGUCUUAAGGGGUAUGAUCUUUGACCCUCUAACUUUCUCACUCCUCAUUAUUCACAAUUCAUUCAGGAUUAUCUGUAACCAUGGUAGCAUCCGCAUUCAUGUGAAAGUGUUUCUUUUUUUUUGUGACUCCAAACGGACAAACUACGUUAUUUACCAUGAAUUUCUAUUCAGUAGAACAUAAUCCGAAACACAACCAAAAUGAACUGCACAUGGAAUACAUUUGUAGAGUUUAUAUAAUUAUUGCGUGCUGGGAAUGUGGAACCAAAUACUAAACUUCUGACUACUGUAUAAGAAUCUUUAGGGGUGUCAAUUUGUUGUAUUGUUUUUUAAAAAAUCUCUUUCUUUCUCUUAACGAUUUGUAUAAAAUAAUAGAAUUUCCCCUUUUAUUUUUGCACACAAUAUAGCUGUGUUUGAAUUA